AUGUCGGACGAAGAAGCAGUCGGCGGCGUGUCGCGGAAUCGGGGCAGCCUGGUAAGCUUUGCGGGUGGGCUGGCAGUUGCGUGGAUUGCACCGUAUCGGCUGAUGAGAUUCGCUGAGACACGGCGUGACGGGUCCGUGAUGACAGGAAGCUCGACCUGGAAUCUUCCGGACUAUGGCAUAAAGCAACGACAACAACCCUCGCGAAAAGAACAGGUAUGCGGCGUCACGCUCGCCGCGGACCCUGGUCACAUUUCCAAUUCAGCCUUACGCCGCCAACAAACAACGCCAGCCCCCCCGCGACCGUCAGCCACACCUAUUGUCGUCCAUUCCAACCCCAUUGUCGACUGCUCACAUAAGCUAUCAAUGCGCUUCCAGCUUCCGGCGUCCAGCUUCCAAGACUUCCGACACCAACCUCUCGUCAUCUUCGGUCGCUACCAGCACGUUCUGCGCCGGGCUGCCACGCGCGACACGUGCAGGGUCCGCGCGGAUGACGUCGGCUUCAGGUUCUCGAAUUUCGGACAGCGCGGAUUCUUGCUUUCAGCUUUGAAGCAUUCCGAGCUAUCCGGGGCGUCAUGCCACUUUUCUUCCGUCGCAUCAUGCACCACAUGCACUCUAGUCACGGCGUGGACAAAGUAA